AUGGCUGGUUACUUUAAACCUGUCGAUAGCUACAAGGAUGAAAUUACUUGUUCCAUCUGUCUGCAGAUAUUUACAUACCCGAUAACUCUUACUUGUAACCAUAGCUUCUGCCUCAGAUGCAUUCAAGAUCACCUGAAGCACAAGUCACCAGAAGACAAUUAUAUGUGUCCUGAAUGUCAAGUUGAAUUUGCUGAAAAGCCACGGCUGCUUAAAAAUAGCAAACUUGCUGAAGAUGUUGAAAAAUUGUCAAAAUGCCAGGAAAGGAGAACUGUCUGUGAUUAUUGCUUUGAAGAAGAUGUACCGGCUGCAAUGAGCUGUAUCCAGUGUGAGACUUUCUUCUGCGUAACACAUCUUCGCCCACACAGUGAGAAACCAUCACUCAAAGAUCAUGACUUGGUUGACCCCACAGAAGCAAGACCUUUGCGAAAGUGUGAAGAGCACAAAGAAACUCUCAAGCUCUAUUGCAAACAGGAUCAUGCAAGUAUUUGCAGUCUUUGCAGUAUUAUAGGGAAGCACAAAAAGCACUUGAUAUUGACCACAGAAGAAGCAAAACGUGAAAUCCAGCUGUCUUUCACAGAAAAAUUGAAGGAGCUUAAUGUGAAGCGGACCAAAACAGAAGAAGCUGUCAAACGGCUUCGAGAACUGAAUUCCCAUGUAUUAGCAGCAUAUUCUGGAUAUCUGGAAAAGGCUAUGCAGCAUUAUAAAGGGAUUAAAGCACUUAUUGAAGAUGAUGAGCGGCAGACCUUGCAGUUUAUUGAAGCUGAACGACAGGCUGCCACACUUUACAUUGAAGCUCAAUCGAAAGACUGGAUCGAAGAACUUGAUGACAUAACAAGAACUAUUGAGCAGAUAAAUACCAUUUUAAAUCAGAGUGACCCUUACAGAUUUCUAAAGGGAGCAAACUGCAAUGAAUAUCGCAUCAACUCGUUACUGAACAAGAAGGAAUUGGUUAUCCAUGAUACUGUGGUUGAUGAUGGCAAGCUUUCUUCUUUGAUUAAGUCGAUCAGCAAGCUUUUCAACAGUUUGUCCAAGAAUGAUACCUCAGUCAGGAAGGCACUACUGGCAUAUGCAACGACUGUUACUUUUGAUCCCGUAACUGCAAAUGAAAACCUUAUCCUUUCAGAAGAUCGAACAAUUGUACGCUACACUGAUGCAGUUGUAAAGGCUCCAUAUAGCCCCAAACGAUUUGAUGAUACUUUGUAUGUGCUUGGUUCUCAAGGAUAUACAUUUGGCAAUCAUUACUGGGAGGUGGUGGUGAAGAGUAAGUCUGAUUGGGAGAUUGGGGUUGCUUAUUCAUCUAUACCUAGGAAAGGGAAAUGUUGGUUGGGUAGGAACAAUGUAUCAUGGUCUCUAGAAUGCAGCUCUGAACAGUAUACUGCAUGGCACAAUAAUAUAUCCCUAAAAGUUACUGUGAAUGGAAAACUUGAACGGGUUGGCGUUUAUUUGAAUUAUCCUGGGGGGGUGUUAGCAUUUUAUGAUGCUGAGAAAAUGACACUUUUAGUUCCCUUUUAUCAUAAGUUUACUGAAGCCCUUUACCCUAUUUUAAAUCCCUGCAACAGUAAAGGAGGAAAUUUUGCACCUUUAACAGUUUUGCAACUGAAAGGAAUUUAG